AUGAAAGCUUGCCACAAUAUCCAUGAUGAUGAACUCGAGACACGGACCACGCUUGCAGCAGAGGCAGUGAAGACUAUGGCUGACGACGAGGGAAAGAACCACUUACAUUCGCAUUCCCAGCACAUGUCCGCCACCUCUUGCAGCUUGUCACAGCCUGUCCACACCUCUGUUAACCUCGACAGCAACAAUUCGUGCCCUGCAUCUAUGAGAACGCCGUACAUGAAAGCCAUCCUUCAAGAAUCAAGAAUUCUCGCACUAUUGCUACCAGCACUGACAUCUGCGCUGAUUCGUGUCCUUUCUUGCCAUUGUGGUGGUGUUGGUGACAAGCUCUGCAACACAAGACAGGCGCCAUUCCAGCAUCGACAGCCCUAUCAACUCGACUGUGCCAUCCAGCCCAGCUGCUGCCCUAACCCCCUACAAGCCCCACACCUCAGGCUUAAAGCUGGGAAUGCUGAUGGUGCCAAAGCAGGGGCCGACCAGGACACCGAGUUCCGGGGGACCACCUCCAGCUUGUCCGAGCUCCUCUGCGUGCUUGGCGGUAGCACCACCGCUGCCGCCAACAGCUCCCAGAACAGCCUCCACAACCCUUUCCAGCUCGGUCAACACCCCGUGCUGCACCACCCUGACUACCUCAUGCAGCUCUACAACCUCCUGUCAGACGCUCUCCCUUUGCUGGCAUUGACACCUCCAGUGGAAAUGAGAUGGACCACCUUGGUGGGAUGGGCCACCCACGCUCGACGAAGCACUGUAGGAUGA